AUGUUUAAAUUUAAUUUUAAUAUUGAUGAAAAUAGUAACAAUGAAUAUUCAAAUACGAAAGAAGAUGAUAUUGGUUUAUCAAAUCAAAAAUUUGGUUAUUUUCAUAUAAAUGAUUUACAAAAUGAAUCCAAUGAAGAUGAAGAAAAUAAUCGAAAAAAAUUUGAUUCAUACAGAUCAGAUCUUGUACCAAAUAUAUAUGAAGGUGGUUUUAAAACUUGGGAAUGUUCACAUGAUUUAGUUGAUUUUCUAAAAUCUAUUAUCAACAAUUUUCAAGAUACAACAACAGUUUUAGAAGUUGGUUGUGGUAGUGGUCUACCCGGAUUGGAAUUAAAUAAACAUAAACAAUUUCAUGUUGAUUUUCAAGAUUUCAAUCGUGAAGUAGUUGAACAAACAAGAAAACAAUUGAAGAGAGAAAAAGGAAAUUAUAAUAAUCGUAUGUUUUUUGGUGACUGGGGUGAUUUAAUAAAUAUUAUACCAUCGAAAUAUUAUGAUAUUAUUCUUACUUCAGAAACAAUAUAUAAUAGUGGAAAUUAUAGAAAAUUAGUUAAAUUAUUCGAUCAUACUCUAAAAUCUGAAGGCACUAUAUAUCUUGCUGCUAAAGUAUACUAUUUUGGUGUUCAAGGUGGUGUACGUCAAUUUGAAGAAUUUAUAACGAAAACUGGUUUAUUCAAUACUCGAGUCAUUCAAGUUGUUGAUGCAAAUGUUAAACGUGAAAUUCUUGAAAUUAAACGUUCUACUUGUUGA